AUGAAGGCACAUAGUGCAUUUGCUGCGCAGAUGAGCCCGAAUCAGAGAUAACCGGUACCGAGGCCCUCUGCACUCACUUUAUUGAGGUUAACAUUGAUUCAGAAGAUAAUUUUUACUUACAGUGUUUUGUAAAAAAAACACUGUACACCACCCCGACACUAUAGGCACCACGGAUCAGCCCAGAAUGCCAAAUAUAAAGAUUUUUAGUGGCAGUUCGCAUCCGGAUCUGUCGCAGAAGAUCGCAGACCGACUGGGACUCGAGCUGGGGAAAGUGGUCACCAAAAAAUUCAGCAAUCAGGAAACCUGUGUGGAGAUAGGAGAGAGUGUGCGUGGAGAAGAUGUCUAUAUUGUCCAGAGUGGCUGUGGCGAAAUAAACGACAAUCUUAUGGAGCUGUUGAUCAUGAUCAAUGCCUGUAAGAUUGCGUCGGCAUCCAGAGUCACCGCGGUCAUUCCAUGUUUCCCCUACGCUCGGCAGGACAAGAAGGACAAGGUGGGGAGUCGGGCUCCAAUCUCAGCCAAGCUGGUCGCCAACAUGCUGUCCGUAGCCGGAGCAGACCACAUCAUCACUAUGGACCUACAUGCAUCUCAAAUUCAGGGAUUCUUUGACAUCCCUGUUGAUAACUUGUAUGCUGAGCCAGCAGUCCUCAAAUGGAUAAAAGAAAACAUCAAUGAAUGGAAGAAUUGCACCAUUGUUUCUCCUGAUGCCGGUGGAGCCAAGAGAGUGACAUCCAUCGCAGACCGACUGAACGUGGACUUUGCCCUAAUCCAUAAGGAGCGGAAGAAGGCCAAUGAGGUGGAUCGUAUGGUGCUGGUUGGGGACGUGAAGGACAGAGUGGCGAUUUUAGUAGAUGACAUGGCAGACACGUGUGGGACAGUAUGUCACGCUGCUGACAAACUGGUGUCUGCAGGAGCCACUAAAGUCUACGCCAUCUUAACUCAUGGUAUCUUCUCUGGGCCUGCCAUUUCUCGGAUCAACAAUGCCAACUUUGAGGCCGUCGUGGUCACCAACACAAUUCCACAGGAGGACAAAAUCAAACACUGCAACAAGAUUCAGGUGAUCGACAUUUCUAUGAUCCUGGCUGAAGCCAUUAGGCGAACUCAUAAUGGGGAGUCAGUUUCGUACUUGUUUAGCCAUGUCCCCUUAUAGCACGCACAUACAUAUACACAUGUCAUCACAGUGUAGACUCACAUGAUGGAGAACCAUUGCUGGGUCUGUCACACGCAAGAGUGUCACACACGCAUCAUUACCUGAAGACAUAUCCUGGACAGUGAAUGAAAGCCUUCCCCCUUUCUGCUGCAUGUGCUGACUCACCUUUUUUUUCCCCCAAGAACAUUGUGAUGUGUAAUAAUUCGAUACUCUUAUUAUCUUGAUUUCCAUCUGCUCUCCACUCAGUAUAUUUCACCCGUCACACUGUUAUAUAAUAGUUACUUGCAUGUUAGUCUGUCUGUUAUUUCUUUAGGAACCAUUUAAAACCAACAAUUAAACAAAAACAAUGCUUGUAAUGGAAAAUCUCCUGUAAUACUGGAUUUUUUUUCUUUUUUCUUUUUUUUUUUUCUUAAAGGUACAAUGGACGUUUAUGAGAUUUGUAACAUCUUAAUUUUAUUGAAUCUAAUUACUAACAUGUAGCUAGAUUGGAAAAGAUUAGAGAAGGGUUAAACCCCUUUAGAUUGCUGUUGUUAUGGCAGCUGAAUUUUUUUCUUACUUUUGUUUCUGUUCUCAGGUUUCAGUUUUAAGUUGUUUUGUCCUCUUUUUUUUUCAUCUUUUCAGGGUCUUUUGACAGGGUGAAAGCCAAGAUCUGAGUGGACAAAUUAGGUCAUUUUUUAAAGUCGUGUUAAGAUGUUUUCUUUUAUGUUUGUUCAUGUUUACAGUUAGGCAGCAUUUUUGUCUGCUUGAACAGAGCUGUGAAGUGCCCUUCAGAUUUGCCUGAACACACACACUCAAGUCAUAUUAAGUGGCUACUGUGGAAUUGGCCUGAACAAUCAGCCUCUUUGAACCAUUUUUUUGUUGUUUCUUGCUUAUGUCUCUGUUGGUCUGUGUGUUUUGUCUUGAAGUAUGUUUAUUUUUUCCCAAGCUACUUAAGCAAGAUAAUAGAGAUAAUACAUUAUACUACAGCUUACACUGGAGCAGUAUGUGAGAUGACAGAGCUUUGAUUUGAUAGGUCUAUGCCGUUUGCCUUAAUGAAGGAGAAAAAUACUGACGACUGAAUCUUGUCUGAAUAAGUAAAGCAUUUCAUGUACAAACUA